AAGUGGACGAAAACUUGGUCAACAAAGCGCCAGUGAGUGAGUAAUCUGCUGUUAUCUACCGCGGCUUAGCGUCUUGUCGUGUAUCGAUAAAAUACCGGUUUAAACGGCGCCCUGUCCUCCUGAACAGUCUCUCGGUAAAUUGUGGCCGGUGGAAGGAGAAGUUGGGAGCCGAGAUGCCGCUUCUCCACAGGCGAGCCUUCAGCCAGCAGAAGCCUCCGGCUGAUCUGAGACCAGAUGAGGAGGUCUUCCUGUGUAAAAUCACUCAUGAAAUCUUCCGGACGUACGAGUACGUAACCCGAGUGGUGGCUGAUCUCUGGAAGCAGCAGACGAAGAUGCGCUACUUUAAAUGCCUCCAGAUGCCGUGCACAUGCAGCACCCACGUGGCGGACAAAGAUAAGGUGAAGGAGGAGCAGAGAAGGAGGUUUGAGGAGGAAAAGCAGCAGAGGAGGGAGGAGAAAGAGCGGCAGAAGCUGGAGAAGGAGAGGGAACGAGAGAAGAUGAAGGAGGAGAAGAAAAAGUACGCUGAACAGCGAAAACUUUGGAACAAACGCAGAGAAGAUAUGGAGUGUGAAGACCUGAAGGAGCUGCCUUGCCCGGUACCUGUGAGGACUCGUCUUCCAGCGGAGCUGUUUGGAGAUGCUCUGAUGAUUCUUGAGUUCCUGCAGGCCUUUGGUGACUUCUUUGACCUGAAGGAUGAGUUUCCUGAAGGAGUCUCUCUGGAGGUUCUGGAGGAGGCUCUGGUGGGUUCAGAUCCUGAAGGCCCUCUCUGUGAGCUGCUCUUCUUUUUCUUGUCGGCCAUCUUUCAGGCUUUGGCUGAGGAGCAGGAGGAGGUGGCUAAAGAACAGACUGAAGAUCUGUCCGAGGCACUUGAUGAUGAUUCAGAUCCUACGAAGUCUGCUCUCAGCGCCGUCGCAUCAUUGGCCGCUGCCUGGCCUCAGCUUCACCAAGGUUGCAGCCUGAAGCAGCUGGACCUGGACAGUUGCACUCUGUCAGAAAUCCUCAGACUCCACAUACUGGCUUCUGGCUCCGACUGUAGUCAUGGCAAUGCUAAAUUCCGCUACCAGAAGCAGGGGGGGUUCACAGUGAUGGAUGACCCAUGUGUGGAGCUGCGAUUGGCUGAGCCAGUGCUGCUGAAGAAACUGGCGUGCACAUCAGUGUACGACUUAACGUCAGGAGAGAAGCUGCAUAUUCUACAGGCUCUGGCAGGGAAGCUGCUCACACUGGCUUCCUGCAGAGAUCUGAUUGAAGACUGUUUGGAGGAACAAAAAGCUGCCAGGCAGGAAGUGAGAGAGAUCAGAGCUGAACAACACCGCAGAGAGCGAGAAGAGACCGCACACAGGAUCCGUCUUCGUAAGGAGGAGAAGAUAAAAGAGCAGAUGCAGAGGUUAAAACUGAGGGAGCAGGAAGUGAAAGGAGAGCACCAAAUGAACAGCCAGUGUGCAGCUCUGAACAGUGAGACUCCUGCAGAAUGGAACACUGAGGAAGGUGAAGAGACGACCUCACCAACAAAUCAGCAGAAGGUGAAAGCUGAAGUGGACCUGAAAGGGAAAGAGCCACAGCAACAGAGGACAUCUGAACCCAAACCUUCAUCCUGUCCCACUGCAGAGGAGCUACAGAACGAACAGGAGAAGGUUCAAGCGCUGCAGGAGUUGAUCCAGAAGGCGGCAGCACGCACUUGUCUGCAGCCUCUGGGCAGAGACCGGUUGUAUCGCCGGUACUGGCUCCUCCCAUCCGCAGCUGCUCUGUUUGUGGAGGACGACUGCUUCGGUUUAACAGAAGACAUGCUGCAGCCUGCUGCAAGCUCCGUCCCGGACAGCUCCACCAACAUGGAGGACAAGGAGGGUGAGAAAGAGGAGCUAGCAGGGGAAAGGUCUUGUCUUGCCCCCACCUGCUCUGGCGGCCUGCCCCUCAGUCGUCCCAAUCGGUGGUCCUUAUACAGCUCGGUGGAGGAGGUGGAUCAGCUGAUCAAGGCUUUGAAUCCACGAGGUGACCGAGAGAGCCGGCUGAAAGAAGCACUGCAGCAGGAGAGGCCGCGGCUUCAGCAGGUUCUGCAGCAUUCUGACAAGAACAAGUACAACCACACAGAAUCCACCCAGUCUGACCCAGAAAGUCCAGUUUCUGCUGAAGCGCUGAUGGAGAUGAGACUUAGAGACCUGUUGCUGGAUAUUGAGGACCGUAUCCACCAGGGAGGUCUGGGAACUCUGAAGGUGAUGGACAGACAGGUGUGGCGCUUGGCUUUAGAUGCAGGAAACUAUGAGCUUCACUGUUCUGAUGGCAGUGAGAGUGGAGGGAUGAAUGGACAGCUCAGUGCUAUGGAGAUGGAUUCUACAAGAGCUAGAGACAGGCUUCAUGAGCUCAAGACUAAUGGUGCUGCAACAUCUAGCGGCAGUGCAACUCCUCAGGCGGUCAGUAGCACUGUACGAAGCCUGGCUCACACCCUCCUUCAGAUUGAACACGGCAUUGAGAGGCGUUUCCUCCAAGCUCCGCUGGGUGAUGAAGACUCAAGGAAGGACCAAAAGACAAAGAAGAACAAGAAGAAAGACGAGGACCAGGCCAGUGAUGACGGCAGUGAAAGUGGGCAUGUGGUGAGGACGGUGUUGGAGCGAUGGAGGGAGUCUCUGCAGUCGUGUACCAGCCUGUCUCAGGUUUUCAUCCACCUGUCCAGCCUCGAAAGAAGUGUCCUCUGGUCAAGAUCCGUCCUGAACGCUCGCUGUCGGAUCUGCAGGCGUAAAGGAGACGCGGACAACAUGCUGCUGUGUGAUGGCUGCGACAGAGGACACCACACUCACUGCCUCAGGCCGCGCCUCAAGUCGGUCCCAGAGGGAGACUGGUUCUGUCCAGACUGCAGACCUAAACAGAAAUCCAGUCGCCUCCCGUCCCGUCAGCGGUCUUCUGUCGAUGAGGAAGAGGACAACAGUGACGAGGUGGUACAGGAGGAGUCUGAGGAGGAGUCAGAGGAAGUGGUGAGCACAAAGAAAACCCAAACUCUGAACCCCAAAGGAAAGGGCCAGCAGGCCACGCCCAAGGGCCAGCAGGCCACGCCCAAGGGCCAGCAGGCCAUGCCCAAGGGCCAGCAGGCCACGCCCAAGGGCCAGCAGGCCACGCCCAAGGGCCCGCAGGCUGCACUUCAGAACAAUAUUGUCUCAGCAGGGAAGAAUUCAUCCGUUUCCAGGACCUCAGGGAAAAAGUCCACACCCCCUUCUUCCAAAACUCCGCCCCGCUCCAGGAGUCAAAGUGACAACCAUUUGAGGGUUAAGACUCUGGCAUCCAAUGGGAACGCCAAGACCUCAGCAGACCGGAGCAGCUGCCGCAAGAGACCACAAGCAGACGUGACUCCACCUUCUAAACCCUCCAGACUUAUUCCUUCUUCAGCCCCGACCUCCUCGUCAAGCCGACGCUCAUCUGGGAGAAACCAGGGCGUGCACGAACUGUCGGCCUGCGAGCAGCUGACUGUGGAGCUGGUCAGGCAUGAAGACAGCUGGCCCUUCAUGAAGCUGGUGUCCAGGACGCAGGUCCCUGACUAUUACGAUAUCAUCAAGAAGCCAAUUGCACUCAGCACCAUCAGAGAGAAAGUCAACAACUGUGAAUACAAAACAGCAGGGGAGUAUGUAGCAGAUGUGGAGCUGAUGUUCACCAACUGUCUGCUGUAUAAUCAUCAUCACACUAACGAGGCGCAGGCUGGACAACGGCUGCAGUUGUUCUUUCACGAUGAGCUCCACAAAGUUGGACUGUCAGAUUGCGGCUUCAUCCCACCGUCUAAACGCUCCCGACACUGAAGCAUACAGCUGUGAUGGACUGAAGCUUUGCUUUGUUUACAGUGUGUUGAAAAUUAUGAUGUUCUUUUGUGAUAUCAGGGCCCACUGGUUGACACCCCCGUCCAGGGGGGUUGGGGGGCAAACAAAUGUCCACCCCCUCGGCAUCAAAUCUGAUAUUUUCCAUUGUGUCUUGUUGUUUGCACAACGUGUGAUGUCAUAUUAAAGUUAGGCAGGUUGGAAGUUCCUCCAGAUGUAGCAAACGUCAACUUACAAACUUAAAAAAAACCCUCUUUAUUGAUGAUUGUGGCAGGUUAUCAUCAUCAUCAUCCUCAGGCUGUGACUUCAUCAAGGAUGAUGACACAGCCUGAGUCUGACUCGUGCUCUCUGAUGGGUCGAGCUAAACACAAACCUUGUUGUUGUAUAAAAUAUGUAUAAUUGAAGUGACAAAUUUCCUUGUUUUAUUUUAUAUGAAUAUAUAACUGCUCACGAUGGUGUCCUGAACAUGAUUCCAGUUUGUACGGCUCUAUUUAUUUUUGCAGCUUCUGCGUGUAAAUCGAUAAGAACAAUUGGAUUAACCAUUUGAAUGUUUAAUGUGUUUUUCUUCCAACCUACUGGAUUUUCAGGGUUAUUUACAUCCAGCGGACAAACAGACCGAGAGCAGACGCAGCAGUGUCUCAGACCCGUUUCAUUUCAGUUGACCACAUAAAAAUUCAAAAAAGGUCAAAGACCGCUCUGCACUGAAUAUCGAUAAAACUAGCUCUGUUACUGCUCAGGGAAAAUGUACUUUUAAUAAUUGUACAUGUUGGUUUAUACUCAAACAGGGAGCAGCCAUGGUCAACUGGACUUUUUUUUUUCUUUUUUUUUUACUGCCAGAUAUCUUAAAGUUAAAUAAAAAAAAAAAGUGUGUUUGCUAGACUUGUUUUAUUGGGCUACCCUCAGACAUCAGUAAAUAACAUCUCAUCUGCUCUUCUUCCUGUUACACUCAUUCCAUGUUCUUUCAUUGUUCCUUUUCUCAUUAAAAAAAAAAAGUCCUGACCUUUAAAAUGUAACUUUAAAUAUGUGGAAUUAAAAGUGAGACAAAACAGUGUUUCAUCAGAAGUUUGAAAUUGUUAAUCUUGAAUGAACUGGUUGAAGAUCUCCAGACGGGAUAUUUUCCUCAUGAUUUCAGGUCAACACACACACACACACACAAAAGUGGCAACUAAAAGUAACGGAACAUUUUGGGUUUCUGUCACUUUACAAAAUAUGCUUUUUUUUCCUGUUUAUAUAUAAAAAUGAAAUGUUUUGGUUUUGAUCAGAUGAGUCUAAAUUGGUGCAGGACCUGUGUGGACUUCCAUAGUUUUAUACUUUGAUUACCUGUGUUGACUUUGGCCUAUGCCCACCACACACACACACAGACACAAUUUUUUUCCUUUAGUUUUUUUUUUUUCCACUCUACAUUGUGACUGUCUUCAAUACAAAGUCUUGUGUGUCAUACUGUAUAAGUGGUGGUUUGUGUAACAGUAAGCUGUAGACCAGUGGUUUGUUCCCAGUUCUGCUACUCAGAAGCCCCUAAUGUACCCCCCCCCCCCCCCCCCCCAAAAAUAAUAAA